AUCAUGACGUCGACAAAGGCGGAGGACGUGAGCCCGGAAUGGAAGCAUCUGUCCGACAAGGAGAAGUCGACCCUGAACGAUUGGGUCACCUUCUUUUCCAAGAGGUACAACGUUGUGGGGAGGGUAGAAGGUGCGACCAACUUUGAGUAAGAGUAUUGUGGAUCACGGUCGCUCUGAUGCUCCUGCUGGGAGAGGAGGGAACCCUUCUAUCAUCUUCUCUGGGAUUGGUGGUUUAUAUUGCUGCCAUUUUUGGUACAAUUCCACGGGCAGUUCGAUGCCGUCUGGUCGGCUCGACGGAUCUAUCAUGUGCGGAAGCCGGAUGGAAUAUCUCAGAAAGUUGUGAGUGUUGCCUGAGGGCGUGGUAUGUGGCAUUUCGAUUAUUAUACCGUGGCUGUCAUCGAGCUCGAUGGAACGUGUGUCUUGGUAUUGCUGGAAUCAGGUACGUUGCGCCGGGAUUCGGUCUCAGCGUUCCAUCUUACCGUGACCCGUUCACCCAAGUGUGAUGUAUAAGCGUAUUUCUUGACCGAAGCUGGCGAAGCAAAGUACUAGUACUAUGGUAUUAUAACUAAGGUAUGGUACUAUUGGCAGUGGCAAUGCAAGACUCCAUAUCAUGCUGAGUCUCUCCGAACACAGAAAAAGAAGUGG